UACAAGGACCCGUCGCAGCUCUGAAUAAGGUUUUAUACGAACACCGUUUGGAUACGCGUCAACUUUCAACCCAAGACGAGGCAUUAAUCGCGGCGUGUCUUUUUUGACAGGUUUGGUCGGUCUAUAGAAUUGUUCUUUGAGUUUAUUCACCGCGAACUCCGCUGAAAUAAGAUCAUAUAUGCAAGGUGUACAUUUAGAUGUCCCCUGCAGCUACGGGCGGAAUUGAGCUUUCUCUGAUCUUUGGAGCAGCACCCUUGGGAGGACAGAGGUGCGCUCAGUGGAACAAGGGGCAAAUUGAACCUUUCCGCGCCGCGUCCACCCUACAGAGGACCGUGGAUCGAGGGGUUUCGGGGAGGUGGAAACUUAUUUGUAGACUACACUUAUUCCACUGGAUCGAUCUUUUUGAACAAGGAAGCACCUAAUGUUGCUUACAGAGGCGCAGUUGUGCUUCAUCUAUUUAUCAUCACACUGGGAUUCCAAAGCUCCUCCGGGAUUCUUUGUAUAAGAAGACUGGCGGGGCUUUCUUCGGCGUUUCUCGGGGCUUCAAACUGUGGAAACAGGUGUAUUCGAGCAAGUCAAGAUGUCUUUGCUACCUUCAAGGUUCAUCUACGUGUGUUUACAUUUUCUGGUCCUCUACUUCCAGCUGCAGGAGUCCCAGCAGACGGCGCCUGACUUCCGGAUCAUCAUCGAGAACCACACCAAGCACCCGGACGAGCUGAGCCGCAAGCAGACGCGCAGCUACCAGCUCUACAGCCGCACCACCGGCAAGCACGUGCAGAUCCUGGGCAAGAAGAUCAACGCCAACGGAGACGACGGGAGCAAGUACGCCCUGCUCGUCGUUCAGACCGAGUCGUUCGGGAGCCGGAUCCGAAUACAGGGGAAGGAGAGUGGCUACUUCAUCUGCAUGAACAAGAAUGGGAAAAUUAUCGGAAAGCGCCACGGCGCCAGCCAGGAGUGUGUCUUCGUGGAGGAGUUUCUGGAGAACAACUACACGGCGCUGGUGUCGGCCCAGUACAAAGGCUGGUACCUGGGCUUCAACCGCAAGGGCCGGCCCAAGAAGGGCUCGCGGACGGCACAGACGCAACAGGAAGUACAUUUCAUGAAACGCUCCCGCCAGGGCAAAGUGGACCCUCUUGAGGAGUUCCGUUUCACCACGGUAACCAAACGGACGCGAAGGGCAAGGCGCUUAAAACCCAACCCCAAGACGAACUGACGCCAGUGAUGGUCAAGCACACACUGUUUCCAAGGAAAUCUGCUCUUGCCUUAAACAACUUAAAGACGAAAAAAAACAAUUUAAAAACAAAAAAAAUCAAAGAUGUUUUAUUUUUAUAUUUCAGGAGCGUUGAAUAUCUCCCAACUGUUGAAUGUUUCUGGAUUGUGGUAAUUGUUCUAAUGUGACUGCGUUGUUAUUUAUACUGGGCAAACUAAGGAGGACAACACAAAUCUCAAAUCUCCCACUUUGACAAGUUUACAGCAGAAGGUCUCUUCUUAGGCUUUGGGAUGGAGAAGAGUGUCAAGCAUGAACACGUCACACAAAAUCAAAACAACCAACACAAAAAAAAACACCUGUUUGUUUAAUUUGUGUUUUUUUCUGAGUCAACAAGGAUCCAACAUUUUCCACUGGAACUGGGACACCACAGAGGUGGAAUCGAAGACAGACUACAGUAGCAUGUGACCCACUCUCCUUAGGAAAAGGCACAGCUUUGAGUGCAAUAUUU